AUGCAGUUGACAACUUUGCUUGCAGAAAUAAGACCUGAGAAGAUCAUAAGGAAGCAGAAAAAUGAAAGCGAGCAGCAAGCAGAAGAGGAGCCAGAGUGGCCACAGCCCCAGGGCCGUGGGGUGAAGUCAGCCCAGGAGGGGACCGCCACCUCCCCCACAGGCCGGCAAGCUGCCCCUGACCUCUGGAGGUCCUACUCGGCUUCUCCCAUCAACGGAGAAGACACUCUGAAGACCGCUUCCCAGGAGGCCGGCUGGAGGCAGCUAUGGGAUGAGGACCUGCACCCCAGAGAGGAUUCCGCUUUGCCCAGCUGGGGGAGCACAGACAGACUGGACAAAACAAACCUGGCCCCAGUUUUGCAGAGCCCCGAUGGGAACUGGAUGGCUCUGAAGGAGGGUGCCCCGCCCCCCACUUGCCUGCUGACCAAGCCCAAGAGCGGGACAUUCGAGGCUCUGGAGGCCGCCUCCAGCGUGGUGUCCACCUAUGAAGAGAUGGGCUCCGACAGCGAGGAGGACUUUGACUGGAGUGAGGCCUUGAGUAAGCUGUGCCCGAGAUCCCGGGGCCUGCUCGCUGACCCCCAGCCUCAGCCCGCCCAGGCCCGAGGCCCCUCAGCCACCUCCACCUUCUCCUCACUCUCCCCCAACCCUGAGGCCGCGUGUUCGGACUCGGAGACUUCCUCCGCCGGCUCUUCCCAGGAAGCUGGGCGCUGGGCCAGGCUGUCCUGGUGGCAGAAGAAGCCCCCCAGGAGCCCCCCGGCGGAGAAGAUGUGGCUGCAGGGAGAGAUGGAUGUGAACUUCAACCCCCAGAUGGCCAGUGGGGAGACCUCAGACAGCAGCGAGCCUGAGGAGGGGCCCCCCACAGCAGACAGGAGGGCCAGGAGGUGGAGACAGGCCCGGGUGGGCUCGGAAGAGCCAAGCAAGGAAGCAUCUUCUCCCAGUGCCCACCCCCAGGAUGUGGCCCCGCACCAGAAGUAUUCUGCUGUUUCUCUCUGCAACAUCUCCACAGAAGUCCUCAAGGUCAUCAACGCCACUGAGAAGUUGAUAGCAGAGUCUACAGGACCCUGGGAGCUCCCACCGGUCCCUCUUGACAGGGCGAAGGGGACGUUUCCUCUUGGGACGGACCAAGUGAGACUGGAUGAGCAGCUGACCUCCCUGGAAGAAAACGUCUAUUUGGCGGCAGGGACCGUGUAUGGACUGGAGGGUCAGCUGACAGAGCUGGAGGACGCCGCCCGCUGCAUCCACCGUGGCACAAAUGAGACCGAGCUGGCAAACCUGGAGGACCAGGUGGCCACAGCUGCAGCUCAGGUUCACCACGCUGAGCUCCAGAUUUCUGACCUCGAGAGUUGGAUCGCAGCCCUGACUGUUGCCGGAUUAAACAUCGCGCCCUGUGUGCACCUCACAAGAAAACGGAGCCAGAAGCAGAGGAGCCAGGUUCAAACCAUAGACACAUCCAGACAACAGAGGAGGAAGCUGCCCGCCCCACCUGUGAAAGCUGAAAAAAAAGAAUCCUCUUCAGUGACGGCCCUGAAAACGUUCAACCACAACUUCAUUCUCCAAGGCUCCUCGGCACACAGGACCAACGAGAGGACAGGCACCCCCAGGGACUCGAUGGAGCCCACUCUGGAGUCCGCUGUGAUGGACUAG